CCCACCACAGGUCCUACAACAUCACCGAGCUCCUCUCCGACAAAUACCCCCACAGACACGCCCACUAAAGGCCCCACAGCAUCCCCUAGCUCUUCGCCAACAGGGGCUCCUACAACGCUCCACCCGACGGUAACCCCUGGAAGCCCUUCUCAGGCUCCCACCACACUGGCUCCAACCACCGCUUCCCCGACAAAGUCACCUACAGCAGAGCCUACACGCCUCUGCCUCGAGUGCGUGACAUCGGGACCCGUAUCAAGCGGCGAUCGUCCCAUUUUCAGAGGAGAACCUGGAUUUCAGCUUCAAAAUGAUGGAUCUACAGCAGAAUCCGACGGUGCUCCCAUGGCAGCUCCUGUGGAAGCACGUAACGGGAUGAUCCCCAUUGCUUCCAGUACCAGCUACCGCAAACCUGCUCUCAUCCCGAUUGCUAGUACUAGUACUACGACGAGAAAUCGGGGUUUCCAACCAGAUGCAUCUGCUCUUGCCGAUGGGAGCAAUCCUGCUCCGGGAGGGGAGCGUGAUGGUCUCAUCCCAAUUGCUUCCAGUACCAGCUUUCGCAAACCCAAACCAGUCCUCAUCCCCGUUGCUUCCAGUACCAGCACUCGAUUACCGCAAUCCUCGGUUUUGGACGAGGAAAGCUCAGCAGCCGUUGGAAAGAAUGACAUGCUAUUGUUCACGAUGAUUGGAUCCACAAGUUUGUUCGUGUGGAUGUCGAUCUUUUAG